AUGGGCUCGUCCAAACCAGUCCAUCGAAAUGUGGCCUCGGCUGCAGACAACGAUGAUUUAUCAAAGUCUACACUUCAGGGACUCCCAAUGUACACCACAGAUAUUGAGUCCUCCUCCUCCUCUUCUACAGCCGCUGCAACCUCUCGUGGAAUUACUGCAGGAAAUACUACUACCAACAAUUAUAACAGCACAGGAGACAACCUGAUUGACGAAAAAAAUGCCUUAAGAUAUGGCACUAGUGGCACAGGCACUCCAGCAGAGUACGACUACGAGAGUGGUGUUUUUGGAAAUAGUCCGUCUAAGCUACACUCGUCUUCAUUCCUCAGCCUAUCGUCUUUGCUCAACUAUAACGCCUCGACAAAAUCUUUCGGUACAGGUAAAUACAAAAACAACCGCCAACACAGAAUUGUGCGCAACCUCCUAUUGGGCCUGCUUGGAUUCCUCUUGCUACUACUUGUUGGCUCUCCUUUGCUCUCUUUCCUCUUCGGCUCUUCCCGUUUCACUACAGUCACUGGUCUUUCAGACAAAACAGUCCUUACCUCGGAUCCUCUAAUCUACCCAGAUGUAGAAAACUUUUUCAAAGCAAAGAGCUCAGGCUCUUCCUCAACUGGUGGUGCUAACCGUCAGGCCCCUAAAAAGUCCCCAGGUGACUAUACACAAGACCUUAGCGAUAAGGAAAUGCCCGCCGCUGCAAAGGGGUCGCGUUCAGGCGGUGCUGAUGGAAAAGAUGACAGUGGUUCUGGUUUAGAUUCUUCAGGUGCUUCCAGUUCCAGCUCAGCUAAUGCUGCAGGUGCAACCGACUCAGCAACCCAGCUUGAUAUUGAGGCCGGUAACGAGCCCAAGUCCAACAAUAACGCUUUUAAAAAUAGAAACGGGAUUAUCUCUUCGCUUAAAUACAAACCUGUCAGUAGCACCCGCGCCUUUUGGCGUUUUGGUAGCCAAAAGGCUGGCACAGAUAAUCUGGUUGGCAAUUCCCACUCUGGGAUCUGGGGCACCUCUGCAAAGUCUCCUGAACUUAUUAUUGUUACCGGUAUUAACCCUGAAAAAUAUUCUAUCGAAUACCUUGAAAAGGUUAUUGAAAAUCGCAAGAGAUAUGCUAAAAAAUGGGGAUAUGGAUUAUACAUUCGAUCAGUGACGGAUUUUCGUGAUAAGUAUGAAGGUAGUGUCUCCAAAAAUCCAUCCUGGGCCAAGCUCUCAAUUCUUCGCGCAGCUGUCCACACCUUCCCUGAAGCAAAGCAUUUUUGGAAUCUCGACGCUCAUGCUUUGAUUGAGGACAUGAAUAGUGACAUUGUGGCUGAUCUUAUCGAGCCCAAACAUCUGAGCAACCUUAUGAUUCGCGACCGUCAAAUUAUUCGCAGUUCUUCAAUCAUCAAGACAUACAAACAUACUCCUUCGACCAAUGUGCGGCUGAUUUUGGCUCCAGACGAGGUUGGUCUGAGUACCACCUCCUUUGUAUUUGCAAACCUCGACCGCGACCGUACAAUUGACUUUGCUGGUGCUGGCUAUAAUCGCAACAAUGUCCAACGAUACAAGGGGUCCGACCAUGGAGAGUUUGCCAAGAUUCUUCUUGACUACUGGAAUGAUCCAGCUACUCGUUCGUACUACCAAUACGAUCGUAGUGAAGCCUCUGCCAUUAACCACAUUUUGCAGUGGCAUGCCAGUUUCCUUGCUCGCACAGCUAUUGUCCCUGGCACUCAUCUUAUGUCGUAUUCUGAAGAGAGUAUGUUUUCUUUACUUGGAAUCCGUGGUGGCGAUUUACGUGCUGCUGCCAGCAAACUUCCUGUUGAAGAUGGUAAACUAUCGCUUAAAGAUUAUGAAAACGAUGGUCUUGUUUUUUUCAAUAAAGAACAAGAUACAAAGAAAAAUCUGGUCGUUGUCAUGAACUCGUGUGCUGAAGGAUCCAGUCUCACUUGUCUCCGAGAAUUUUCUCGCUAUUACAACAAGGCCAUGUCCAAGGAUGGUAAAGAUAGUAGUGCUGAAGACAAUGUUGGCUCUCUUGAUAAAGUUGGUGCUGCUGCUGCUGCUGCUGCUGCUGCUGCCGCUGAAUCAAAGGAAGAUGUUGCUGACUUGGAUGGCAUUGCCAAGAAGGGAGAUAAGGCUGGCGCACAAAAGAAGCAACAACAGCAACAGGCUCAACAGGCACAAGCUCAAGCUCAGGCUCAGGCUGAAGCACACGCCGAGGCUGAGGCUAAGGCUCAGGCCAAAACUCCACAGGAAAAGGCAGUGAAGCCUGGCGACAAGAAACCUGGUGAAAAUAAGGAAACAAUAUCCAAGGAGCAACUCAAGGAACAACCCAAAGAAAAUGGCAAGCUGGUAAUUAAUGAAAUUGUCCAUGGAUCAGGGGUUGAAGUUUCGUCUGAAUCCAUAAAGGAAAUUUCAUCCAAGUCGGCUGAUGGGCCAUUGAAGGACUCAGUAAAAACGAGCGAAGAAAAGGAACAAGUCAAGGUGGCUAACUCGGGUGCUGCUGGUGCUGCUGGUGCUGCUGGUGCUGCUGGUGCUGCUGGUGCUGCUGGUGCUGCUGGUGCUGCUGGUGCUGCUGGUGCUGCUGGUGCUGCUGGUGCUGCUGGUGCUGCUGGUGCUGCUGGUGCUGCUGGUUCUGUUGAUGCUGCUGGUGCAUUCAAGCCCAAGGCCCCUAAAGAAAAGACCAAUGAAUUGGAUCUCAAUGAUCCAGUAGUGGCCCAAGCAAUUGCAAAGGCUCAAGCUGAAGAGCAGGCCAAAAUUGCCAAAAAGGAAGCAGCUAAAGAUGUAACUAAAGAUGCAACUAAAGAUGCAACUAAAGAUGCAACUAAAGAUGCAACUAAAGAUGCUACUAAAGAUGCUACUAAAGAUGCUGCUGGUAAUUCCAAAGCAGCUGCUGAAGUCAAGGCUGAGACGAAAAAGUCUGAUACAUUAGAUACCAGUGAUCCAGUGGUGGCUCAAGCCAUUGCUAAAGCUCAAGCUGAAGCUCAGGUUAAGAUUGAAAAGGAAGAGAAGGCCAAAGCUGCUGCAACAAAUUCUGGAGCUGCUGCUAAGAAAGAAUCCACAGAAGCCAAAGUUGGUGGCAAUUCCAAUGCUGAUGCUAAGGUGGGUGCUAAGGCUGGGGACAAGGCUGGGGACAAGGCUGGGGACAAGGCUGGAACAAAGACCGAAACCAAAGCAGAAACCAAGGAUGGUACUCUUGAUACCAACAAGCCUGCUGGUGCUGCAGCUGUUGCCAAAGCUCAGGCUGAAGAGCAAGUCAAGAUUGAUAAAGAGGUGGUGAAGGAUGCCAGUGUUGCGGCAGGAAAGCCUCAGGAGGAUUCCAAAUCUGCAGCUAUUAAGGACGCGGAGGCUAAGGCUGCGAAGGCCCAAGCUGCGGAAGCUAAGCAAGAUACGUUAGAUAUGAAUGAUCCUGUGGUGGCACAAGCAAUUGCGAAAGCACAAGCUAAAGAACAGGCCAAGAUAAAUGCUGCUGCUAACAAGGCGCAGAAGGCAUGA